AUGCAGCCAAAGAAAGAGGAGCCGAUGCUUUUCAUUUAUCCCGUCAAGUCCCUCCGGCCGGUCGAAGUGACAGCCGCGGAGAUCACCAACGAAGGCCUGCGGUUCGAUCGACAGUAUGUCCUCGUCAAGCCGCCCAGCGAGGAGACCGCGGGACUGGCAGAGCACAUCACCAUCAAGAAUCACUUUGAACUAGGCCUCUUCCACACCAUGAUCGAUAAGGGCUGGUCUAAGUUGACCAUCACGCACGCUCAGUCCGAGGAGAACCCUACCAUUACUUUGCCACUCUCCCCAUCUCCGGUCAGCCUGUUCAACGCGGAAGUCUACCAGGUCAGCAUCUUCGGCACUAAAGCACCUGGAAUUGACAUGGGCGAAGAAGUCUCCAAAUUCUUCUCCUUCCAUCUGGGAAAGGAAGUCAGAUUACUCUACAUCGGAGGAACCGGGCAACGCGAGAUCCCCGGAGCAGUCUUCAUGCCCAAACACAAGUAUCGAGCUCUGUCGAUUGCAGUCGACGACAAACUCCAACCGCAGAGAAUCCGCUUCGCCGAUGCUGCUCCUCUGUUGAUCACGUCGACUGCCUCUGAGAACGAGGCGAGAAGGAGACUCCCUCCCUCCGGCCGCGGCGAGGACGUCAUCGUGCGGUUCCGACCAAACAUACAUGUGGACGUCGGCGACGAGCAGCAACCUUUCGAUGAAGAUAGCUGGGACAUGCUGAAGAUCAGAUCCAUAGCUGACCAAGCGCAAGAAGUCUCCGUGCGGUGUCUAUUCAGGACGGUUCGUUGCUUGUCGCUGAAUGUGGAUCUGGCAAAGGGCGCGAUGAUAAACACGAAUCGUCAAUUGUACGGUCUACUGGCGAGAGAUCGGAGAGUAAACGAGCUCUUCCCACACAAACCUGUCUUCGGCCAAUACGCUUGCGCCGGACCGAGCGGAGCCGUCCUCAGAGUUGGCGACGAUGUGGAGGUCACUUCACGAAAUAGCGAACCCAUCACACCGGCGAGUCCUGGGUCACCCAUUACUCCCAUACCGAACGGCCCGGAUUGA